CUCUUGGUUCUUUUUGUACAGAAGCCGUCGUUCUACCUAUACAAACCACUCUGACUAAGCCAUUAACUCCGCACGCACAUGCAGCUUUAAGCCUGAAAUUUCCAGCUGUUUUACCGCUCGCUCAGUUCUCUUUACCCUCUACUUCAAGCAAACGAUGACAGACUACUCCACCUUGCUACCACAGCUGCUUGAUCAAGAAGAAAAGCUUCAGUUUACAAAGUUCGGUUCGGACGAUGCACUUGCACUUGGUCUGAAAUUAAUCGACAACGCUUCUGCGUACCCCAAGCCUGUGGUCAUCGACAUAACAGUGGCUGGACAUGAGCUUUUCCAUUUCGCUAUGCAAGGAACUGGCCCAGACAACAAUGAAUGGGUUCGCCGAAAGAACAACUCGGUCAUGCGCUUUAGACACUCUAGUUUUUAUCUUGGACAGUACUGCGCCAGUCAAGGUAAAACGCUACAGGAGAAGUAUCUGAUCAGUGAGCAAGAUUAUGUUUUCCACGGCGGAGCUUUCCCAUUGAUCAUCAAAGGUGUUGGUGUUAUUGGAACAGUGACAGUGUCGGGACUUGCACAACAGGAUGAUCACGGUGUCGUCGUAAAGACUAUCGCUGAAUAUAUCGCUACUCAACUGCAAUAAGAAAUAAAGCAAGCGCCUUUGAAAGGCGUAAUAUCAACGGUUUAACAGAACGGAACGAGACAAUAUGGGCUAUCACACGGGAUCAUACGCGAUCUGUUACUUCCACAACACCCUGAUUUUGAAGUCGUGUUUGUGCGUCAUGCUGGAAGAGUGUUAAAGUUGAC